AUGGCAAAGAAGAGCUCUGACGAUGAAGUAAUUAACGGACUUAGUACUAAAGCUAUUGAUGUCACAAAAGAAUGGGCGAAGAACCUCUGUAAGAGAGUUUCGUCUCUUCAGGAACUUACAAGGCUGAGAUUGCAAGAGCUGGAGGACUGCUGCCGUGGAGCCGAUGAAGGAGAAAUGAAGAAGGUUUAUCAACUUGUAGAGGAAGCAGAAUCAACCAAGAAUCUACUCGCUACCAUACCAAAUGACGACAAACUUAUUCAACAAGCCAUGGAAACAAAAGCGGCAGAAUUGAAAACGCUGAAGAAAGCCAAAGAGUUACUGAACGAAGCAAAAGCUAUUGCUAAAGAUCAAUCAGAGUCAUCAAAGAAAACAUUAAACGAAACACUGGCUUUGAUCAUGAGCACUCUAGAGCUUCCUAUAGAUUGGCUAAGGGAGGAUGAAGUAAAACCAGCGGUAUUGUUUCAGUAUCUGGAUAAAAUCAUUAAGCAGUGCAGCGAUGUUUUAGAAUCUGCUGACGCAUACAAAAGUGAAGUGGAAAUUGUUAGUAGGGCCAGCGCUGGGAGAGCCCUUUGUGGAAUUUAUUACUCCAAAUACGAGUCUCCAAAGCCAGCUGGAAUUCCUUUGCUUCUGGUGCCAAUGACUGUGACCUUAAACAAUCCUAACAGUGCUCAAGAAGUAAAUUACUUCAAAUUCUCUGCAAAGGGAAUAGCUAUAGACUACGUACGGGCAGUUGAGUCAACAAGCACCAACAUUGGUUUUGGUGUGGCUGGUUUCGAAGAGUUUUUCGUUGGGGAGGUGCCAAAUGAAAACAGCCAUGAGGACAACAGUCUCGUUUCUCAGUGUGAAAAACCUUCCAGCACCAGUGCAUCUGCUCUACAGUACAUUCGCAUAGCCAAAAAAGUUUUCCAAAUCGAGCCACACCAGUUUCGCCUUUCCUUGACUGCUAAGAAAAAGGCCAAGUCGAUUGUCCUGGAUAAAAACCCCAGAGCAAUGGAGUGUGAACAAUCUGCUCGCACCUUUAUGGAACGCUACGGAAGCCAUUUUCCAGCUGGGCUGCACACUCUGGGCGGCGUGUUUUUUAAUAUUGCCGAUGCCGAAAGUAAAAGCACCACAGAUAUAUUCAAGCCCACAGAUAUAUUUAAGCUGACAGAGGCUGCCGUUGCAUUUCUUGGCGGAGCACUGAGGAUUGGAGCCAGUGGUACUGAAGAGCACGCAAACAGUGAAGAAAACAUUGAAGAGACAUUUACAGCCAUCCAGAAUGAGAGGUUUUCCCAUUCUGUAAGGUCUAUAGGACCCCUAGCAACAAAUCCGGCUACUUUCCAAAAGUUACUCUCCUACAGCUCCACUUGGGCUUUGAUUGACCGUGGUCCUGUCACAAGUUAUAUACCUAUCUGAGAAUUAAUUGAAGAUCUUGGAAGUGAGUUCAGGGAAGCAGCUACAGCCCUCAAGGAAACGUGGCAUAAAGACGAAGAUGCAAGGCAGGAAAAGUGGGAAGCGGAGCGAAACCAGAUGAGAAAACGAGAGGAAAUUGAGCAAAGAGGUAAAGAAAGAACACUGGCAGAAGCAAGAGAAGAAUUGCUGCGUAUCCGGGAAGAGCAUCUUGCAGAAAAGGUGAGAACAAGUUGAACAGGAACGUACCAGUGUAUAAUUGUAUAGUCAUAAGGUGUACAAUGCAAUACUAUCUCACCCUAAUAUAACGUUAUAGCACACCUGUUUCAAACAAACCGAUAACCAGUUUACGGCGACUGCUUACGAAUGUCAAUGAUAAAGACAGACCGGAAGACAGACAGAGGGCAGUGUGCAAGAGCAAAUGCUGAGACUGCCAGGCCACUAACAAUUUUGAGACCGAUAGAAACCUUAGCAGGCCACUGGCUGAACCUACACGAGCGACAAGUAAUGUUGAUGUCAUCAAUCACUUUGCUGAACACCAUGUAUAGACAAACCACCACAUCGACGGAGACUUAGCGAAAUGCAUUGCCUUUUCUAAAGGCUACCACCCUGCGGCUUACUUUAGAAAGCUGGUUUACUAACUUAGAACAAACGCUCCUGAAUCGAAUUCGGCACUUAGCCCCCGGGGGGGUACUUUAGGAAUUUCUGGGUGGGGAUGUGCCGCUGAGACCCUGGAACCCUUAACCUAUACCAGAGCUAGUUCAGCUAAAUUUUGCUACCCUAUACUAGAAUAAACUCUCCAAAUCCCCCCUAUCCUAGAGUAGCUGUUUCCCUAGUCUAGAUAAAAUCUUCAACCAACUGAAUAGUUUCCUGAAAAAUGAUACCCUAAUCUAGACCCAAAUGUUCUGAUUUAUAUACCCUAUCCUAGAGUAAACUGCCUGAAAACUAUGCCCCCCCUUGGAGUUAGCCGAACCGUGCAAACGACUUACAUUGUAUUCGUGUAUUGUUUUUUAUAGCAAUAUUUCGGCUGGCCAUACCAGCCUUCUUCAGGUUUACAGAUGUUACUGAACUUAUGUAGCAGUCGCAAUAUUAUGAUGAAAUGACGUACAUCAUUUCCGCCUCUCCCUUUUAUUGCGAAAUUCUCCAUCUAUAUAAUAUUCCGAUUGCUACAUAACUUCAGUAACAUCUGUAAACCUGAAGAAGGCUGGUAUGGCCAGCCGAAAUAUUGUUAUAAAAAACAAUACACGUUGUCUUAAAUCAGCUUUGCAGUAGUCUUUGGACUUCUCGUUCUUGGUUUUUAUAUUUUGGCUGAUUUAAUCUCUUUUCUAGAGAUCCAACGUUUACAACUAGCAGGAUCUUCGUCCACGGCUUUUGCAGUUAAUUUAAUCCUUUCCAUUGUAUUGACGGAAUCAAGCAAAACUGACAACAAUAAAGUGACUGAAAAACCCAACAAUUUGACUAACAAUAAAUAGAGUGUUCAGUAUCAAUUUGACAAAGGCGGAUCAAAACUCACCACUCACAUUUCGAGUCUUCAUCAUGCCAAUAACACUAUGGCUUAACUGACAGACGAUCAAUAACAAAGCGAAUUAAUUGACCAUUCAGGUCAAUACUGAGGGUUUUAUACCAUUGACGUGAUGCAACUCACUUUGACCUUGAAUAUGACUACCGCACAGGCUGUCGAAAUGUCAGUCACUUUUAAAAGCAGUCCUAUUCAGAACUACACUCACCCAGACGAUUACAUUCCACUUACUUAUGACAUGACUCCUGGGUUAAAACCAUUUACCGAGUUUGUUUUUAGCGGAGCUCCCGCGCGCGCUUCGCGCGCGCGCAGCGGAGCACCAUGGGUAAGAAAAUUUGGUAAACUAUCCAUCCCAGAAAAUUUGGUUAUGACGUAGCGUACGUCCGUCCGUACGGACUUUCCGGGUAGUGGAAAGUAGUCCGCAUGGCCUCUUGGGGUAGGGAAAGUACAGAUUUUUUUGGCGGGAAAUCGCAUGGCGCAACGUCGCGCAAUUAUAUCGCGCAACUGGUUUUGAAAAAAAGAAAGCAAGUAGAAAGAGUCAGAGCGAGAAGAAGGAGAGAAAAUUAUAGUGAAAAACGCCGGCAAGUAGAACGAGACAGAGCUAGAAUGAACAGACAAAGGCAACGCGAAAGAGAAAUACAAAGGCAAAGAGAACGGCAGCAAAAUAAUGACAUGAUGACAGAAAGUGUUGUGUUAAUGUCACUAUGGCCCCGCGCUAUUAACAUUUUGAUUUCAAACUGAUCUCGGACUCGAAAAUUCAGCCAGUCAUUUAAAAAUACAAGCAGGGAAGACAGAGGCUUUUCACUUUUCUCACCAUAGACACGCGUUGAUCACGCUCUACGACCGUCCAAUUUUUAUGCUCUGAUUGGUCAAAAUUUGACAGGUGAGUUCAUGCAGAAAAUUUAUACAGCAUCUUGAACCUUGUUUACUUUGAGUUUGACAGCUGAAGCUGACAGAGUAUUUUGUCAACUUGUGACGUUUUUCACUGUCUUUUUCCACUGGAUGCUUAAAAUGAAAUACAGCUGCUAUCAACAGUCUUCUUUGAUUCAUGGCUGGUUUGUUUAUUGAAUUUUUGGUCGGGAAAUGCGCCGGUUGCCAAAGUUGGAAAUCCGAUUUCGGAUGCAUCGCUUUCGUUUUUACCGUGCUGGAUGCGGGUUGAAAAGUCCCUCAAGCGAUUCUGGCCUUACUUUAUAGCUUUCAAGAGCUGCAUCUCGAAUGGUAAGCCUAAGUAAUUAUUGUAUACAGUGUAUGUUUGUUUUUUUAUAUCUAAUUUCAUGAAGUCGAGCGCAGUUUAUCAGGCUAAUUUAUGCACGUUUGUGUUAAGAUCUGAGACAAUGAUCUGAUCUAGUAUAUAUAAGCUUACAGAACUUUAAAAAGCCUUUAGUCGAUAUUUUCUCUCCGCAUAUAGAACGAAAAAACUUUCCGAAAAGUAUUUAGUUAUAAUUUUGGCUGUAGAAAGAAAGCUUUGAGCGGUUUUCUUGCCUCGAGUUCAUCUUUGAAAACAGUAAACACCAGGAAGCCGGCUAAAAGCUUUAAGCUUAAGCUUAAAGACUCAGUUUUUAGAGACGCUUUAAUACUUGUCUUCGUGAAUGAAAAUUGUUGUCUCUGUAAAUGUUUCACCGAAUUACAUUUCUUUUAUUGAUUGUUAGUAGUCUCUUACAAUUUUAGGGACUUUAAGAUAGGUCACUACGGUAGGCUGGGACGGUUGGAUGCGUAUACGGGCGGCCUGGGGCCAUGACGGUAAGAAGCCGCGAAAAUUUUCAAUUUAAGAUCGGACAACAAAACAGAGGACGGUGAAGUCAUGUGCGAAACUCGGUUGACAUUUCUUUCGCAGAAGGCUCAAUUACUGAAGAAGCGUUUCUUAUUUUAUACGAAGAAUACCAAUCAGAGGAAUAAGGGUACAAAUUAAAGCUAGCUAGUUUUCAAAACUGUAGUCGAUGUUUUUAUUUGAACUUUCCUUUCCUAAGCCAACACCUUUUGAGUUAUAAAGAAACCUUUUCUUGACAAAAAUACAGUUUUAAGUUAUAAAAAAGAUUGCUACAAUCAUCACUUUUAGGCCCAGUUGAAACGUCGAACUUCUCAUGUGCCGAAACUAAAGCACAAAUUACUAAAAUUUAUUUUCACUUGUUUAAAGCAUUCUAGACCAUUGAACAUCGUGAAAAUGAAUCGAGUUCGACUACACUUUAAGUUCGACGCCUGAAUCAACCUCGAACCAUUUGGGUCGACCUAAAUAGGUAUUAAAUUCGGUACAUGAAAAGAUUAACGUUUGAACUGGGCCUUACCUUUCUUUUCGGCAAUUUUCCUCUGCCAUGGUGGACGACACUAGGUAGAAAACAAGCAGUCGCCAUGCGGCCGCGAGCUAAGUUAUGAAUGAACUCAGACAUUUUCGCUUUUUUUUUCAUUUCACCGAUAGGUAAAUCAAUGUAAACACAAGCUAACGCAUAUUUAACCCAUUGCCUACUCAGUUUUAAAAGAAAAGUGACAUUAAGUAUGCAUGAACUCUUAUCGGUUUCACCGUUGUCUUCACGACGAGAAACCCGGCGAAAACAUACCGUCCCAGAAGGACGACGGUAAAAGGUCACGCGUGUUUUGCGUGACGUGACAUCUAUCUAACCGUCCCAGGCGACCGUAGUCACCUAUCUUAAAGUCCCUUUUAAUCGCUUUGCAGUUUGUUUUCAGUCGUUCAUAAACAACGCUUGCAGGAGUACUCAAAAUGCUGCUCGUAUCAAACGCUUUUUAAGAUUGCGCAUCGUUAUAAAACCAUUUAAUAAAAAAAUUAACACAAUAAAUUCUUUAUUAUGUUGAAGCGUAACUCGUUUAAUGUUCACUGAAAAUUUGGCGCUUGUCAAAAGUGAGAACCGGCUGGCCGUAUAAAUGAUUUUGGAAAUUUUUUGAACCGUUUUGCUAAAAGCCCACGAGUGCUUCGUACGGUUCUGAAUAUUGAAUGAGUGCAAUUUGUCUUGAAAAAUUGUGAAAUACUGCAUUUUGUCUGAGGUCUAUAUGAUAAAAACAACGCCUCAUAUCACUGUUUCAGAUGUGAUGUAUAAAAAGUAUGAAAUGUUGGUUUACACGCUCCCAGAGUUGUUGGCAAGUUUUUGUUAAGUAAACUUGUCGAAAGCAAAAAAUUCGGCCUGAUUUGUUUUCCAAAAAUUCGUUUUCCAGGCCUAAUCUACUGUGAUCAAGAGCCAUUAUGACUCUAAAAUGUGAUCGAAGAUGAUUGCUAUUUUUUGGGUGUAUAUAUACGGCUAUCAAUUCGAUGUAAGAUUUUUUUUUCACUCUAAAAUCACUUAGCCUUAGCUUUCCCUUAAAGUUAACUGAUUUGUGGAUUACAAGUUUAUUGUUUGAUUUAUAUUAUAAAUUUAUCAAUGGGAGCUUCGCUUUUAGCCCUGGCUAAAUCUAUAUAUUAGAAUCUGUAAGCUAAGCUAGCUUUGGUAGUGGACCUAGGCUGUUGUAGAAGAAGAAGCAUUAAUUUGUUUUCGGAAUCAUGUUGACUUCGUGACACUUUUUUAGAGAUUGCUGGCAAGAGGACAGAGUAUAGGUCUUUUAUUGCUAAAACCGGUGGUGAUGUAAGCGCGUGAUGAAGAAAGGGGGGAUUUUUGUUCGAGACUCCUAAGUUGAAGGUGCUUAAGUUGUAGAUUUUGUCUGAUUUCUUUACUACUAGUCUCUAUUACAUACAUCUCUCACGAAAGCAGACCUCAGCCGUUUCUAAGAAUGCAAAUAAACCGGCCACUAUCCUGUGUAGGGCGACAUUAUGUUUCUCGUAGACCCUCAUUGGUACUCUUUUAGGGUCAAGUAGGCUUCACAUGCAUCAUGCUAAUAACAUCUUCUCGGGCGGUGGAACUGAUAUUUAUGAAGGGUGGAUGCCUACAUUUAAGAAAUGUUAUAAAUGAUAAUACUCAUUAGCAUGUCAUUACUGCGAUGAAUAUCAUUAUAUUUCUUUUAACUUAUGGCUGUGUAUACUUCAGGCAAACCGAGAGAACGUUUGUUUUCAAAUGCACCCGAAGCGUCUCAACUGGUUUUCUCUUUCGUAACCUCCAAGUGGAGGGCUAGUUUUCUCAAUUAUUUAUAAGACACAGGUACACUAAUUGUUUGCUCCUGUUUACAGGAUCCUAGUCUUUGGGGAGGUUACUGUCCAAAAAAUGGUAAACUCAUCUUUACUCAAGAUUGGAUGAAACGAGCUGAUGCUUAUGAAAAAGGAAUUGAGAAGAUCAUGCAGGACCCGCAUCACAACAUCUGUAGGAUAACUUACUGGCUAUUUCAAGGUUAUUCAUUAGAAUGCUGGAGAGUCUCAGAUGAUGAUCCCAUCGUUUUUGAAAAAAGAUUUGGAAAGUAUCGUUUGUUCUUCAGUGAGUUGCUUUUUAAAUGGAAGGACUUGGUUCCUAGACGAGGGUAAGAAGAAAUACACACUGAGGCCUACAUUAAGACCUUUAGUCUCUGUUAAUAGUGGUUCGGGUGGCUAAGUGAAUUAGGGAGACGUUAAGCGAUUUCACAGUAUUUCGUCAAACUCCAUAAUCAGCAAUAAAAGCAUGCGCUGUAACAAUGACAGAGACAUGCCAAGGGGCAAGCAAGGCUGCUGAAAAAAAAAAAUUGCCCAAGGCUAAGAUGUUAAAUACCCAAUAUCUAAAAUUGUAUAUCCCUAAACAAUAAAGUAAUCUACAGGCCGCGUGAUAAGGAUUCUUUUAGGGUAUCUAAGGCAUUAAUAAGGCUACAACCAUGGCAAGAAAAACAACUGCCAUUUUUUGUUUAAUAAAUAAUUAAACUGUUAGUACAUGUAACAUCCGUAGCGGGUGAAUGUAAUUUAACUGUUUUAAAAGUUUCACAAAUUGCGCACAGAUGUUAUUAGUGAACAUUUAGCAUGCUAAACCUGCCUCAAAAAAUUACAGCCCCAUGGAUUUACUUAUGUUUGGUUAGACAAGACUGUAUAUAAGAAAGCUUUUUUUUUACUUUAUUUUAUUUCACAGUAUCUUUCGAUAGUUUAUCUCCUCAAAAGUAUCAAAUCCAUUUCCAAAAGAUGAGUAAAAGGCUAUUUGAAUAUUGCUUUGUUAUAAUAAUCAACUUCCUUUGGGGGCACUAAAACCUGCGAUCUGGUUAUCAGGGUUCUCCCGCCUUUUCUUCAACUCAAGCAUUUAUUUACGUGUCUUGGGCGAACUUUCCCAUGGCAUGUAUUCACGUAGUACUACACAUUGUGAUGAAACAGGUUUUGGUAGCUAUCUUGGCUAUCUAUAGAGGGCUACGUCGCUUUCUUAAACUGCAACAACUACAAAAUAAUGACGUGUUUCAAAGGAGCAGGAAUAAUCAGCGAGUUGCCUUUUCAAGAGGCGAUCGACCACAACCUACAAAGGCGUUAUGCUAAAAGGGACUGUGCUAAAAGCCGUGGCUACUUGAAAGUGUAAUGUUGACGUACUAGGCGAAAUGAUCAACAUUUUUUCGCCUUUUAAUUACAUAGCUGUUAGUUAAUCCGAUAUUGCCAGCAAAGCUAUUAUAUCCUUUAGUUUUUACGAACUGUCCAAUUAAGGAUUAAUUUGGAUAGUUUCAGAUAGGGCUUUCCUUUACAAAUAGGCAAACUGUCCAAUUUUAAAAAAAAUAGGACAGCCGGUCUGAGCCAAUCAUAUGACAGAAAAUACAAUAGGCAAUGAAAACUAGCCAAUCAGCGCAAAGUCCCUUUGACAACUCGCCAAAAAAAAAGUCUCGUUGGCUGACGGCGAUUCGUCGGCGAACACUCUUGCCUUCUUGUUGCUGUGAAGGUCGUUUUGUUUUCCUGCUGUUUUGUUUUGGCUUCUUGUCUGGGCCAUUUAAAAGGAAAAUGUAUGACCAAAGUGAUGAAAGUUUGUAUCGGAAACAAUCAACGCAUAAAUUCUUGAAAAUGCGCAAGCACUGAAUCUUUGGACAAUAAUAAGAAAACACUGAUACUUGUGUUUAGACAACAGUGUUGGCAUAACAGAAACAAACGAACAAAGUCUGCGGAGCCGUUUAAGGCAAUGAAUGAAAUGUUUAUUUUCAACAGUUUUUGUAUUUAAAUUAAGUAUUUGCGUGGUUGCUUUGCCUUCUUUGUACUCGAAAUUGCGGUUUUCACCUGUAGCACCGUAUCAUUCAGAUCAUUGCAGGAGCUUUCAAAAUUUUAAUUGGCAACAAAAUGCCAAAGUACGAAAGAGCAAUACUAGUUCUACGUUUGUUUAUUAUUGUAAAGAAUAAGUUGAAUGACACCAUAAGAAUAAACCUUUUUUAGAUCUUGUACUGUGUUUCUGUUUCAACCACAAACGGUUCGAGUGUACAAUAUUUCGCGUCUGUGUUACCCUAAAAAUCUGGAUUAACUAACCAGCUAUAUAAUUAAUAAGUAAGAGGAAUACAUGCUUGUCCAAUUUGGAAAUAAUUGAAUUUCAAAAAAUUCCUCUGACAGACAAAUUUUGGCUGUCCUCGGAAUUUUUUCCAUCCAAUUAUUUCCAAAUUGGACAGCAUGUAGUCCUAUUACAUAUACUAAUUCAUCACUCAUGAUAUUAAUAGGUAAUCAAAUGGUAUACUCGUGAAAUUAGGGAAUAAUUUCACUUGCGGAUUUGGACAAAACGCGCGUGAAAUUAUUCCUUAAUUUCACUCGUCACCAUUUGAUUACACAUACAAAUACGUAAGUACAAAAAAGUUAAGUCCGUGAAAUUGCUGUAUAGCCGUCGUUUGUGUUAAGAAUAUCAUUGUGUACGAACGCAAUUAUUUAGAAUAAAGGC